GGGAAGCCAGUGAAGCCGGAGCACUUUUCAGAUGUCACGCUGUAUUUCAGUGAUAUUGUGGGCUUUACCACCAUCUCUGCUCUGAGUGAACCUAUCGAAGUGGUCGAUCUGCUUAAUGACCUCUACAUACUUUUUGAUGGAAUAAUUGCGAUCCACGAUGUCUACAAGGUAGAGACUAUUGGUGAUGCGUACAUGGUGGCAUCAGGGGUUCCAAACCGUAACGGUAACCGUCAUGCAGCAGAAAUGGCCAACAUGUCUCUGGACAUUCUGCACUGCAUCGGAACAUUUCAAAUGAGGCACAUGCCUGACGUCAAAGUCAAAAUCCGCAUUGGACUCCAUUCUGGUAAGAAUCGCACAAA